AUUUUUGAUCAAACAAGAUCUAAAAGGCAAACUGAAAAGUCAAAAAGGCAAAAAGAGAUAGAAGAAGAGUUGAGUUGCAGAGAGUUUCAAUGUCUUGGGCUGCUCCUGAUGAUAUCUUCUUCUCCACUUCUCUCGCCGCCUACUUAGACAAGAAGCUUCUUGUCUUGCUUCGUGAUGGUCGGAAACUGAUGGGUCUACUUCGGUCCUUUGAUCAAUUUGCAAAUGCUGUUAUAGAAGAAGCUUAUGAAAGAGUCAUCGUGGGUGAUCUCUACUGUGAUAUUCCCUUAGGUCUUUACAUAAUCCGUGGAGAGAAUGUUGUCUUGAUUGGUGAACUGGACGUUGAAAAGGAAGAGCUUCCUGCUCAAAUGGUCCAAGUCUCAGAAGCAGAGAUCAAAAGGGCUCAGAAAGCAGAGAAAGAAGAAAUGCUACUGAAGGGUUUGAUGCGGAAAAGAAUGGAGUUCCUUGAUCUCGAUUAGAUGGCUUUUUUCCUGUAUUGCAUUUCUGUAUAAUGUUAGUUGUUGUUGUUGUGUGUGUGUGUGUGUUCUAAAUACAACUUUCUUUUCUCUUCACUCAAUGAAAAAAAAAACUUAGCAUA